AUGCCGAUCGUUUGCCAAGCUAAAAGCGCUGACCCAAGUAAGUUCUUUUCCUUGGAUACAAGUAAUUUUCCGCCUCUUUCCCGUUUCGUAAACUAUUUGAAGGAUCUACUGGAGUGCUCUCUGCGUACUAAUGAAAAAUCUUAAAAUUUGCUGUCUUAUUGACAAAAAUGCGAUAACUUUUUACAGCAUCCCAAGGGAGAUUUCACUUUUGUUGUAUGAAUUGACUGAGAUGAAUACUGAUGCAGAAAUAGAUAUCACUUCUCCCCUGGAUUUAACCAUGAGCAGUUAACUUUAGCUUUGUGAGCGUGUUAUUGAUCGGCGCUUUGUCUACUUUUUUCAGCCUUCCAAAGAGUUUUAUCUUGCCUAGAACAGAUUCGUCGCAAGUUCGAUAGCCAUCAACAUCAAGAUGCAGACUUCCAGUUUUUGGGCAGCAGGAAUGACUUUUGGAAAUUUUUCAAGGUUACUAUAUCAGCAUCUGAACCUUUGUGCCUCACAAUCUAGUACUAGAUCUCAAGUUGUCAAACAGUGGUGUUAACUCAGCAUAAUGUUAGGAAGAUCAAAACAAGUCUGAUCUCAAAAUUAUUUGUACCCUUCAAUUGGACCACUAAUUUCAUUUCAUUUAUUCAUGAUCUGUGUGUUAAUAGCACCUUUAGUGAGUAAGAAAGAUGAUGAAUUUGUGGCUUUAUCAUAGAAUUAAAGAAUAUGUUAUUUUAGUCAUAUAGCACAGAACAAAGAAAAUAGUAUCACUCUGAGUUUUAUUUGGCAAUUCAGUAUUGAACUACUGCCACUGCAAGUGAACAAGACAAUUAACCCUCUAACUUCCAGAUGUGAUUAACAUGUAACUUCUCUCUUUAAUAUGCAUACACUAUCCAGCAUAAAGGUAGUAGGAGUAUUUAAACUAAUACCAGAUAGAAGUUUUAACUUGAUCUAACACCAAAUUCCCAUCACUAACUUACUAGCAAAUGUGUAGUGACUAGUAGGGAGAAUUAGUAAUCAGAUCUUGGGAGUUACAGGCAUUUAAUAUACUGUUGUUGAGUGGUGUCAACUGUGACAAUAUAGUAAAUUUUGCUUGGGCUCAGUCAUUAAAGCAAAGAAUUUAAAGAUUUCAAGACAAAUUGACAACGUUCUUUCUUUAAUGAGUUCGUUAUUGAAUGCCUUUCAUGAACUUUGUAAACAAGCACCUUAUUCAUACUGAACUCCACCAAACAAGGUUGUCAUUUUUAUUUCUUUGUCAUAAUUUAUGUUCAAAUAUUAACAGUUCCAUGACACAGAGAAGGAAAAACUUCAUGUUGAAGGCAAGAGGGCAGUUGAUCUUGCAGACCAGGUUUGGUUAUAUUAAUGACUAAAAAGUGUUGUCCUUGCUCUCUCCUAAUUAAUUCUGAUCAUGAAUAGCAAUGUUGCCUCAAUGAGUAAAAACUCAAGGCCACUUAAUCCAUUGCGGUACAUUAUUCAGCCAAAACACAAUCAGUUAAUGAUGGACAGUUUCAAACCAAAAAUUAAAUCAGACUUUCUUUACUUGGUAUAUCUCUCACUGUUUCCCUCAUUCACUUGUCAGUUGAUAUCAUUCACAUUUCUGUGUGACCUUGCAAUAUCCUCAAUUUUAGACUCAUUUUAUGUACUUUUUGUCAUUUAGCUUUUGGCGGUUCCCAUUCCUCCAGCAAGCACCAACAAGGAAAUGCAAGAGCUGCAACAUAUCCUGACAAAACCACACUUUAAGGUAGAGAAUUGGAAAAGUCCUCUGUCUCUCUUUAUGUAAUUCAGGGCAGAAUUUUUAAGAUGACUAUUCCGUGGGUAACAAUUAGUCUGACUUAAUUUUUUUCAUUAAGUUACCAAUUAAGAACCUUGUGGGAAUAUGAGUGUAAGUUGUUAAUAAACAUAGGUGUUCUUUACCCCUUUCACCUGAACAUCAAUAUGCAUAUUCUCCAUACUGUUCUCUAUACAUUUCAUAAGGUGCUAACAAGGGGAAUUUGUUUAACAGUUGAGAGCUUCUUGAGUUAACCUUAAUGUGUGAUUCAUGGGUGAUAUAGUAAGGAGAGAUAAGAUGCUUAUGGCUUCUUCUGGGUUUGUAUAGGACCUGGAAAACCUAGAAAGUCAUGGAUGUUACAAUUUCAUUUUCCAGGCCUAACAAUUCACGGAAUUCAGGUUUGGCUCAUGGAAAAUCAUUUAAAGUCAUGGGAAAUCAAGCAGCUUUCUAUGAGUGCAAAGCAAUGCAGAUAUAAAGUUGAAAAAUUAACAGACAAGUAAAAAACAAGAUCUAAUUUCAGUAAAAUUAAACAUUAGUGCAUGUUGCAAGUCCUAUGCAUGGGGACAUUUUAGUUUAUACUGCAUUCUUCCAUGAAAUCUAUGCAAAUUUGUGAGAUAUUUAAAAUGAAUCAAUCAGUACAAUUGCUUAACUUAGGUCACGGAAUUUUCAAAAAGUUAUGAAGAAAGUCAUGGAAAGUCAUGGAAUUUUCACAGCUCAAAAGUGUUUGAACUCUACCAUAGGGUCCAAAUGAAAAAGCAGAAUUUAAGUUCAUUUUACCAAUUUUGGUUUUGGUUAUUGUCUUUUUGGCAUAUCUUUCAGGGUCUUCUUCAAGCCUAUGAUUCAAUACAAGCAAGUGAUUUCUCUCCAGUAAUCUUUGAAGAUGAAAUAGAGAAGGAGCCGUCAUUUACUGACCUGGGUUCAGAGCCAGAAAAAGAAGACAUUGGUCAAAUCAUCUCUGUAGAACAUCAUCAGGAAAAUGCUGAAGGCAAUGAUGAUGACACAUUCUCUGCUGAAACGAGUGUCACUACAGUUUUUAUUGAUUAUGUUGAUUGUGGAGUUGAUAGUGAUUAUUGUGUAGAAUCCAAAGAUGUUGAUGAAGCUGAGGGGGCUGAAGUAAGGAAUAUUACAGAGAACUUUACAGAAAAGGGCAAUGGCAACACAGAUCUCUUGUGGUUAGACACAGAUGAGACUGAUGGUAAUGAAACAGAGGUGUCAGAGAACUUUGCAGAUAAGGGAGAAGACACAACAGAUCUACCUGGGUUGGACAGGCCAACUGUUUCUCAAACUUAUGCCACUGACUGCACCCUGGAAGUAGAGGAACAAGGCAAUAAAAAAGCAAAAGAUACACUAGAAUUUGACAACAGAGAGACACAAAUCAGGGAUGUCCCUAUUACAACCGACAUUGAAAAAGACACAUCAGUUAAGGAGGCCUCUAUUGAAGAGAAUGGUUUCAAAGAAAAGGAGUGUACCAUUGAAAACAUCAAUGUAGAUGGGAGUGGGCUUCAACCCAGUAACAGUGCUGUGAAAACUGUCAUCUUGUUUAGGAAUUCCAAAGAAACCCUUGUAAGUGUUUUUUAAAAAGAUUGGUUUAAAACAUUGUCAAUGUGGAUAUGAGAGCGUAUACAGGAAACCAUUAUACUAAAUUGUACUUUUUUUACAUGGUAUUUAUUGUGGGUUUUAAUUUUUCUUUAGAUUUAAACUUCACAAAACUAAUUGUCUUCAACACAUUUCCCUUCAUUCAUAUUAUUGAAAAACUUGACUUUUAUUUAAAUUAAAUUAUUGAUCAGAAGAAGAUCUAUUUUCAAUCCUGUGGAUAAGAUAGUUCUUUUGGAUUGACGAUUCUGAUUGUGGUGUCAAAUAAAAUAACAGAAUUGAUGUUAUUAUUCAGAUUCUGUAAACUAUUUAGACUUACUGGUAGGUAAUAGAAAUAUAUUGUGUCUUAGAUUAAUAGUUGUUUUAAAAUCAUUAAUAUUGUUUUUUCAGGGAAUCACAGUCAAAGCUGUUUGCAGCAAUGAAAACAAAGAGAAAAUUAUUGUUGCAAGAAUUUUAAGUGGUGGUUUAGCAGAUAACUUUGGUAAGAAAUUUCUCUUCACAGCUAUCAUAGGGCUUCUCUUUCUGAUAAUUGAGGAUCUUAGGCCCUGAAAAUAACUCCAGGCCAUGUUUUUACAGUUGUUUAUAGACAGCAAGGGAGGGUUAAAAAAAGCCCUUGCAAAGUGGGGGCUGAGGAAGCUUUAGGUAUGCUCUUUCCUUGCGGUCUCAUUCCACAUUUCAGUUAAGGCCAGUAUUAAUAAAAACCAAUCAUUGGCAGUUUACUGUGGCUUGGCCUGCAGAGCAGCUGUGAUUUUCCUGGGAAUGAGUGCUCAGUACUUUUUUGGUGGAAAUUAUGGCUGCCAUCUUUGAUUUUUAUGGUAGUGAAAGGCUGUACCAAGGGGGUAACCAGGACUCAAAGGAAGGAGAGGGAAGGAAAUAGAAAUCGUGUCUUUCCCCAACUUCUUCCACCAUCCACUCUUACACCAAAUCAAACUUGGCCAGCCAGAUAAGUGAUUGUGACCUUGUAAUGCUAAGUCAUCCUAAUAAGAUUUCUCCCUGCAGGCUCAUCGUUAUUAUGCCUUCUUGAUAAGAUCUUUGAAUUCUUUUGUUUUACUUCAAGCUUCCCUGUAUGAGAAUGACGAAAUUUUGGAAAUAAAUGGUAGACCUGUGAAUGGACUGACUGCCAAUCAAGUUGCAGAGAUCAUGGUAAUAAGUAUUGUUGCUGACUUGCUUUGACUGAGGAAUUGUUAGAGAGUGAUAGAUUGGUGCAGAGUCUUCAUUCAUCCAUAAUUUUUUUUUCUUUGUCAUGCCAUGAAGGAAGUAAAAUAAUUUCAUGGCUACUAUCAUAAUGGCUAUUUUCUGUUAUGACACACAAAACAUAAUAUGGAUUGACUCCUGAAUAUCUACAAUUCCAAAAUAUAUCCUGAAAUUUAAUUACUUUAUACUGAUUACUGAUUAACCUGUAAACCCUUAAGAGUGAUUAACAUCUAAUUUCUCCUUGCAACAUCACCCCUGAAUCAAACAUGAAGGUCAUAGGAAUAAAGAUGAUCACCAACUAAUUAAAAGACGCUCUUGAUUAUUGAACAAGUUCUCCUUGUAAGAACCUUAGGAAAUGUCAAGGGAGUAUUAUGGAGAAUACACAUACUGAUGUUAGAGAUUAAAGGCUUAGUGUAACAAUAGGAUUCUUUUUGUUUUAACCUAGGAUGGAAUAACAGGCAGUAUUGAAAUAAAGGUUUUACCAACCAACAAAGACAAGAAACUUACCAAAGAAACAAAGGUUAGUUACCAUGGUGACUGUAAACAUUCCAUGAUAUAUUAUUUGGCGGCAAUGUCCUUUUUUUUUUCUCUAAGACGAUCAUAGUUCAGUCUGUUACUGUAUAGUUUUGUAAGCAGCCAGUUCCAGUCAAGCAGUCCUUAUUCCUUUCCUAUUUUUUCAGUUACGCUACCACAUAGCUUCCACCAGUAGUUUUGGGCCAUUGUGAAAAAUGAGAAAUAAAUUAGGCAUGUUAAUUUAUUUUAUUUUGUAAUCUUGAGUUUUUUAUGCCAUAGAUCAGUUUAAGAGCAUUUUUUGAUUAUAACCCACUACAAGACCCACUGAUACCCUGUAAAGAGGUGGGUGUUGCCUUCAGGGCAGGUGAUGUGCUUCAUGUGGUGAACAUGGAUGAUGCCAACUGGUGGCAGGUAAGCUAAAUCAGACGGUUCACUAGCAAAAAUGUGUUUGUGGACAGUUUUCACAGCUGUUAGCUUGAGCAAGUUAGCUUUCAUUUGUUGGAAAGAUAGGGGGACUCCCUUAUCCCUCUCGCUUUCACCACUUACCUACAGCCCUUAACCCCCAGCCAUUGUUCCCUCUCCCCCAUAUCAGACUGCUUACCCUUUACCAUAAUCAACCCUCACCUCACACUUCACAUGACCUCUCACCUCACUUCAUAUAACCUUUCACCCCUUCACCCCUAGCUUGUCAUCCAUCAAUCCCUUCAAUCUUUACCUCCUGGUCAUCUUAACCUUUGCCCUACACCCAUCUUUCCCCUAACCUCUCUACCCUUCAUUCUUUACACCCUAAAAUCAUUAUCUACAUUCUCCAUACUCUUCUCCAUACCUUUGGUACUAAAAAGGAUAAUUUGUUUUAUAAUCAAAACUUCUAAGGUUGGCGAUCAUUUGUCUUUUUUCUCAUGACUAUAAUGAGUGACUCAGCAGUUUUACUGUGAGGAGAAAUUAGAUUCUGGUCAGUCUUUGGGUUUAAAGAGUUAACCCUUAAAUCUCAACCAAAGCCCUUUGCAGCUCUCCUCUCUUUCUACCAUUCCUGAUCACAACAUUUCCUACUUUGAGCUGCCAUCUGACCCUCCUCUUAACAGGUAUUUGUACAGGUUUUUCCAUGAAAUUUGAGGACCAAUUUCUCUGAGUGAGGUACUCAUGAGCAAAAACUUUGCCCAGCUGUUAGUGCCAGGGCCUUGUGUUGCAAUAAUUGAAGAACAUGUACUGUGACUUUCUCUCUGAUACAGGCCAGAAAGGAUGGCUGCAAUCAUGACAAAGCAGGUCUUAUUCCAAGUAAAGAUUUUCAGGAAAGGUAAUUCAUAGUUUGCUCUCUUUUUUACCAUUGUGUGCAUUGCAAGUUGUGAUGAACAGAACUCCCAAACCUGUCUGUCAUUUAAAGCCAAUGUAGUGCAUGUAUGGCCACAAACAUGUUAUAGAUGACAGAUACUGGACAGUCUUUCAAAUAUUUCUUUCAAAAGCUGGGUAACUUUUUCUGUUCUGACAGGAGAAUGCCAAUCAAUAUGUCUUAUUUCCUGGUAGUUGAUAUGCACUUGGACUGGUGAUUGCCAUUAUCCUAAUGAUAACCAUAAUUUCAUUAAAUUUAUCACAGUUUUUACGUAUUAAGUAGAUUGAGCACAUUUAUUGUAAUUAAUUGUUGAAAAUACAAAUGACCAAUUGAAAUUGGCUUCAGGUGUUAAUCUGAUUGGUUGGCUAAAGGAAAUCCAAAACAAUUCUAGAUUAUACUUUCAACACUCUUUUAAAAAUUGCCCUAUUGCGUAUGUGGCUUUAUUAUUAUCAUCAUGAUUCUUUAUUGAGCACAUUGUCAGUUAUGCUUAAUUUGACUUAUUUUUUUACUAAAAUGUACUGAUUUCUCUCGAUAUGUUAGAAGACAGCAAUUGAACAGAAUUUCUUCCACAAAUGAUGUCACAACUCAGAAAGACAAAAAUGGUAAAUAAUGAAAUGCGAGAUUAACACCAGGAGCAAUACAAAAUGCCAAAGUUAAAGGUGUUUUAGUAGGUCAUGAAAAUUAUUAAACAUGUUGAGAAUUAAUUAAUAUAAUGAUAUAAUAUUAUAUUAUUUGACACUAUUUUUAAGGCAACUCACAAAAAAGUUUGGUUAUAGCAAUGCAUUUGAUAAUUGGCGUUUGCAGAUAAUGAAACAAUUUUGAGCCACCUUAUGUAAGAUAGAAAUAAAAUUUCAAAUAAGUGCUCAGGCUUUAUCGGAGGAAAUAAAGUGUUAAAUAAUUAAGAAUUUUUUUUUAAUUUGGAAUUAUUUGUGACCUUAAUGUCUGAUUCAGCAGUAAUACAGUUAUGAAAGAUUAGAUGCCAGUCACUCUUGAGUGGUAAUCUGUCAUGAAUCCUGAGCAAUAUGUUCUCCACAGGAAAACUCACUUCACCAUUCAAGAAAAUGAGGAAAAAAACAGACUCUAAUAAAGUGCUUUGCGAUUUCUUGAAAGGUUGGUGUCUCUUUGUAAACAGAUAAUAAUGUAUGUUCUAUAUAUGUAUUUAUAGUAACUCACACAUUAUUAGGAUUAUAACAUGCAAAUCAAAAUAAUGAUGGAUAUCCCAGAAUUUCUCUUAAUGUUGGCAGUUUAGUUUAAAGCUCUUAACUUACUUUAAAUUGUUUGCGGAUGUCUACUCUUUAUUGACCCACAAGCAAUAAAUUUGUUACUUUUCAAUCAUGUUCCACAGAGUGUUGUUUAUUUACUAAAUUUUGAAAUUUUUUAAUUACUAUUUUUUCAUAACAUUUAUUUAAUGUUCUGAUGUUUUGAAAGACUUUCUAUAAUGUUAUAAAUCAUUGAAGAGAUGAUUUGAUCUAUUUAAACUGCAGAUAUACCAAUUCUUGGUUGGCCAGCUUAUGAGCCAGUUGCAAAAUAUUUACAAAGACCGGAGAAAAAGCGUCUGCUUUUACUGAUCGGUGGGUAGAUAAAGUGACCAAUUUUCCUCAAGGGAACAAUAGUUUUUUCUCAAUUAAAGGAUGUCCUAAAAAAAUUUCUGCCUUAGACCAGAGGAAAGGUUUUCUGUUAAGGAUUAUAAUGGGGGAAAAAAGGUGAAAAGUGCAUUAGAACUUGGUGAUCUAGUGACCAAAUUGUACAUUGCAAGCCAGAUAAUUUCAAGUUUAUCUUGAUCUUAAAAAUUUUGUGAAGUGAGAUACUGUUAGACAUGCAAAUGGUCACUUUACCUGAGGGAAUUUUACAGACAGAAUUUAAUAAUAAACUUCAAAAUUAUUUUCAGGAGCACCAGGUGUGGGAAGGAAUGAGUUAAAGAAGAUGCUACUGUCAAGUAGUCCUGAUAAAUUCAUAACAACAGUUCCUCGUAAGAUUACAAAUUAAAAUUGAAUUCACUUAUAUUAAUAAUUAUAUGUUUAAUAUGGCCCCAGUUGUUCAAAGGUUGGAUAGCACUAUCCACUGGAUAAAUUGCUAUCCAGUAGAUAGCACAGUAUGUUUUGUCAUCACUUACCUGCUAUAUAGCAAUUUAUCUGUAGGGUAGUACUAACCUUUCACUCCCAUGAGUGACCAAGUGAGAAUUUCUCCUUACAGUGUCAAUGCAAUAUCAAGCAGACAAGUGAUGAGAAUAAAGAAAAUAGCGAUUAGGGAAUUUUUAGUUGAUCCAAUACCAAAUUCUCCAAACUAACAUCAUAAAAAUUGUAUAGCAGAUAAUAAGAAGAAUUACUGAUGAGAUCUCGAGAGUGAAAGGGUAAUAACCACCCUUUGUACAACUGGGCCUAUUUAGCAAAAUUUGUUUUUACCAGGUUUAGAGUAACCUUUAGGGAACUUCGCUAUCCAUGUUGGUAAAUACAUUUUUACAAAAGUUUGAUGCUCCAAAAAAAAUAAAAACAGUAUCUGCUUCAAUCAGUACUAACACCUAUAGGAAAAAGUAAAGGGAAACAUUAAAAAUCAAACCAUACAGUCAGGGAAAUUGUAGUGUAUGACUGUUUGCUUUUUUUCAUUACGAUUGUUAUUUACCUUGGACGUUUAUCAGUAAGCCUCCGCUUCAUGUAUUAACCCUUGACACCCUAACAUCAGUAAAGGUGUUCUCCAUACUGUUCUCUAUACAUUCCCCAAAGGUGCUGACAAGGAGAAUUUGUGUAACAAUCAACAACUUCUUUAGCUGCUGAUAAUUUUCUUUAUUCUCAUGACCUUACUGCAUGAUUCAGGGGUGAUAUUGUAAGAAGAAAUUAGAUGCUAGUCAUUCCUAGGGGUUAAAGGGUUAACCCCAUUUUUCCUGGCUCAUUCUCAAACACAUUGAGUAUAGCCCAUUUGAUUGGCUCAUAUUUUAUGAAGUAUUUUGACACUAGUUUAAUAAUUACUGCACAAGAAAAGGACCUUUUUAAAAUGUUUUAUUUCGUGGCAUAAUUUAAUUUUUUGUCUUCCUACCUUCAAGCACCAAGGUGCUGAUCAGUCUGGUACUUUCUAUUGAAUGAAUAACAAUUGAUGCUUUACACAAAAUUUAUUUUCUAGAUACUUCCAGACAUAUGAAGAGUUAUGAAGCAGAUGGCAAGGAUUAUUUUUUUGUAUCAAGACAAACUAUGGAGAAUUUUAUCCAGAAGAGGAAAUUCAUAGAAUUUGGAGAAUAUAAAGGUUGUCUGUAUGGUACCUCAAAGGAUUCUAUAACCAGAGCUCUGAAAUCCAGGAAGACCUGUGUCCUUAAGGUUCAACCUGAGGUGAGUCGUGAUUAAAGUUACUCUCAACCUUGAGCAGCACCUUUGCUUUCAACAGAUUGGUUUAAAUCCUCAACUUGAAGGUGGGUCUGGGUCCUGUUUGUUGGAAUUUUUGUUAUAGAUUGACAGUACAAUUAUUUAAUGCAAUACAAAGUAAAAUUAACAUCGCAAGUUGAAGUUACUGGUCAGGAGUGUGGCCUCAAAUUAAAUCACCAAAUCUGGCUUGUAGGUGAUGUUGCUAUUACGAACAACAGAGUUCAAGCCAUACUGUGUCUUUGUGAAGCCUCCUUCUCUGAAGGAACUCCGCACAUCAAGACUGACAGUACAGACGAAAAAAAAGAAGGCUUCAGAUAAGUCCUCCAUCAGGACAUUCAGCGUAAGUCUUAUUGACAAACAGGCAGACUGGAAAUAGUCCCUCUUUCUUAUCGUAAUGUGAAGUAUAGUAAAGCAAGGGAAAGUCUGUACUGGAGCCAACAGUCCAACCAACCUUGGCUUAUCUCUGUUUCUAUAACAUGACAAGACUGGAAAUAUUCCCAAUCCCAUUGGAUGGGAUGUUACCCCCUAUAGUUGCAUAUUACCCCUUGUUAUUGUAUGGACCAGUCCAGUAGUGGAUGUCGCAUCCAUUUGUAACUCCACCUGAAGUAACUGUAGAAUUGGACUGGCUUCCCAUCAUGGGGGAACUAACAAUUUCCACUUCACGCUACUUAAACUGGGAUAACCCCCAGUCAGGCUUGAAAAUUGACAUUAGCUUAAGUUCAUAGGUAAUUGUUUUAAGUGUGGUGGCCCCCCUCCCCUAUCUCACAUUCUGGCACUAAAUAUUAUGAUUUGUAAUUAGUCCAAAACUAUGCUUGUCAUAUGAACAUAGCAAUAGCCACCUAGCUCACUGUAGAGUCAGUAAAGGUAAAGAAUCCAAUCCUACUGACACGUUGGCUAACGUGUCGGCCGACACACUACCAAGAGUCUCUGUGGCUCGGUAAUAGAACAUUUGAGUGCAGAAUGCAAAGGUCUGUGGGUCAUUUCUUCAUGGGGACUUGGAAUUUUUUUCUUUUUGACAUUUAAGGAAAAUAAAUCCUUCUACCUUUAUCAUAUUCAGUAAAAUUGAAAAAUAUCAGAAUGGAAAAUUAAACCAAUCAGGUUCCAAAUUAAGAUCAUGAUGUAAAUCUAAACUUGUGAAUUGUCCUUCGUAAAUAAGUGAUUCGAGCUUGAAUAACCUUUUCAUUGAUACGCAGGAGGAGGAAUUACAAGAAAUGAUCAGUACUUCUAGAAUGCUGGAGGAGACCUAUGGAAGAUUCUUUGAUCUGACAAUAGAAAACAAGGACAUUGAAGAAGCUUAUGUCAGCAUUGUAGACACAUUUGAAAAUCUUGAACAGGAAGAGCAGUGGGUCCCUCUGGACUGGACCCAACAAAGCUAAAAGAAGAUCUGAUAUCUUAUGUAUAAAGUGUGAGGCUGGUUGUAUCAUCUAGGUUUUGGAUAUGAUUUAAUUGUUCAUAUAUUCAUAUGCUGCCCGUUUUAGGAAAGAUUUCAUUUAGUUUUUCGCUUAUUCAUUAGUACUACAGUACUAACAGUGUUCAUCAGUACUACAGUACUAACAGUGUUCAUCAGUACUACAGUACUAACAGUGUUCAU